AUGAAUCAAAAUGACGAAGCAGAUACUACACCAAAGGUCAUCAAUUUGGCACAUCUACCACCACUUGCUCAAGCUUUUGCCGGGGCGAUCGGGGCGACAGUCUCUAACGCUUUAGUUUAUCCACUUGACUUGAUCACUACCCGUAUGCAAACCCGUCCUAUACGAACAGGUACAAGGGUGCAAGGCUCAGAGACGAACCUGACGAGACCAGGCCUGAGUCGUCAGACUUCUAUGGCUCACUCUGAAAAAUCGUAUAUGACGACUACUACCGCUCGAAUUGGAGCUCGAAGACGAAAUUAUUCAACUGUUAGAGAAUCGUUUUUUACAAUCUUACGGAUCGAACCUGAUGGACUUCGAGCGUUUUAUCAUGGACUUUUAAUUGAUACUUGUGCAACGAUGUUAAGUAGCUUUGUUUAUUUUUAUGUUUAUACUUUACUACAUAAACUUUUAGCUAUAGCCAAACGACAUCAAUCAAAAGGAUUAUCUAGUAAAUUCAAUUUAGGAUCUAUGCAAGGUGUCUUAGGUGAAUUGCUCAUGGGUGCAUUGGCUGGAAUGAUGUCAAAGGCUUUUACGUGUCCACUCAGUAAUAUUACAGUUCGUCUUCAAACUUCGAAACCUACACCAAGACCGACCCCUAGAGUGAUGGACACUCCUAUAAGUGAAAAUCCACCUUCGAUCAUCGGUUCUGGUUCAGAUUCCGAUUCCGAUUCAGAUGAUGAAUCAAACGAUCGAUCUCGAAAAGUUUUAGUGAUUAUCAAUUCCAUCAAAAGAGAAAGAGGUUGGUUAGGAUUUUGGUCAGGUUAUUUAAAUAAUUGUAUUUUAACUUUAAAUCCAUCCAUGACAUUUUACUUAAUGAAAUUAUUUGUAAGACCGAAAUCAAGUUUUUUUGAAACGUUUCUUGGAUCAGCCAUCGCAUCCAACUGUGCAACGAUUUUAACUUAUCCUUUAAUCCUUUCAAAAACUUUGAUUCAAACUAAAGGAGGAAAACAAACAGCUUACAAGAUUUUAAAACAAAGGUUCAUCAAAUCAGGUGGUGAUUGGAAAACUUCAUUCUUUAUGGGAUUAGGUGGUCAACUCGCAAAAGGAUUUAUUGGUCAAGGUGUGACGAUGUCGGUGAAAAGUCAAUUGGAAAAGUUAAUGAUCAUCCUUUAUGUGAAGAUGAAAGUAGAGAAAGUGAUGAGGAUGAAGGUAUAA